AUGUUACAACAACCACCCAAACGAACACAAACUCCAAACCCGACGCUGACGGGUUCAUCUACGCUUCUCUCUCCCUCCGGAGGCCAUCAUCAAGCUUCAUCGGAAAGUAAUAAGGUUGGAUCAAAAACCAAUACUCCAAAAAAGCCAGCGUUCAAAACAAGCUCGAGUUCUAGUAGUGUAGGAUCAUCGGGCAGUACUACUUCUUCACGAUCGAAAGUUCCAUCGAUUCAGUCUUCCCUUUAUAACUCGUCAACAAAAAAACAUGUAGAGACGCCUCGUCCAGGUUCACGAGCCUCCUCUGCUUACACCCCUUUAUCUAAUUCUUCAUCUACUAAAGAAUCAAACAGUAGUUCACGAUGCAGCUCUCCUAGUUCGGAUACAACAACUAAUAUUGGUAGAACUGGUGAGCUGAUCAAUACAUUCAAAAAUGUGUUUAAAGACGGGGAGGUUAAAUGCUGUUGUUAUGUUGAUAAAACUAGUUCGAUUUGGACUGGAGGAAAUGACUGUCACUUGUGUAUCUAUGAUAUUAAGGAUAAUAUAGCAAGUCUCGAUUUCAAGCGAAUUUCAGUUGGUGGACAUUUAGGAGAUAUUUCCAAGUCUUCUUUUUCUUGCAUGACAUGUGUCAAUUCAUUGUCACAGGAACUUGCAUGUACAGUGUGGACUGGUUUCAACAAUGGAAAACUAUUGGUUUGGGAUGCUGUCUCAAUUACCAAAAUUUUUGAAUUGCAUUAUCAUAGUGCUGAGAUAACACAAAUUAUAUGUGUAUUUAAUGAAAUUACAAAAUCAAAAUUUGUAUGGACCUGCUCUCAAGAUUCUUCCAUUUGUAUUAUUGCACUGUCUACUUUUCAACCGGAAUGCGUACUAAAUGAUCAGACAGGUCCGAUCCGAAGUAUGGUUUUUCUUAAUCAUUCACAUCAAGUUUGGACUUGUUCUGAUACUAGUAUUUAUAUUAGAUCCACAGACGGGAAAACACUUAAACAGAUUCCAUUUUCAGUAGUUACAAGACAUGUUAUUUUUGAUGGACAUCAUAUAUGGACCAGCAGUGUAGAUGGUAAAUUAAGAGUAUGGGACUGUGAGACACAAAAAUGUAUCAAAGAAACAAAAGCUCAUUCAGAAAUGGUGAACGGAUUAUUAUGUACAACUAAACAAGUAUGGAGCUGUGGAGAUGACAAGGUGCUUCAUAUUUUUGAUUCAACGUCUCUGAAACCUAUCAAGAAAAUUAAGGCAAACUCUGUUUCAGUGAUUAAUAUGGUUGCUCUUCCUGGGAAGAGGAUAUUUGCUUUUUGUACAGACAACAAAGUAAGAAUAUGGGAAUGUGAAGGAGAAAUUCAAUGCAUGAAUGAUUUAAUGACUGCUCUUGAGAAACAUACAGAGACUCUUUUUAAAGAACAUGACGAGAAGCAAACGAAAAAGGAACAACCAUCCUCUCUUCAGGAACAACCACCAUUCCAUUCGCUCACUGAGCUAGAAACUAACCGUGAUGAUUAUGAAAGUUCUUCUGAGGACGACGAUAACUCUUUUUCUUUGAGAUCGAUCAAAGAAUCAUACGAAAAUGAAAUAGUCAAACUUCGCAAACAGUUACAAGAAACAUCCUCCCUUGUUACCAAGUACAAGCUAAAAUUGAAAUCAAAAACAGAAAAGAUUGAAGAGCAACAAGUUUACAUUACUGAAAAAAACAAGACAAUUGAACAAUUACAAGAGGAAGUGAAAGCGGUAGAGUCAUUAUUACGGCAAUCAAUGCUUCAAUGUGAAAAAGAGAAGUUAGAGAGAGAAGAACUUGUAAAUAAGAUAUCAUCCGUGUAUUUGUCCUUCAAUGGCCAAGAUUCUACUGUACCAAGCAAUAACGACAAUACUUCAGUGAUCAAAAUGAUUGACGAGCUAUUAUCCAUUACAGACAUGGAACGAUCCAAGAUUCAGCAAUUGGAACAAAAAUACCAAAACACGAAUAUUGUUCUCCAUGAGACCACCAAAGAACUACAAACAAAACUUGACUCAGCCUCCAAGGACACCAUCUCUUUGAUAGAACACCUCAAGCAUGCGAAAGAAGAGAAUGAACAUUUUAAAGAGCUUAUUACGGAGAAAGAGAACACAAUUAGAAUGCUUAAAUCAAUACCAACUGAUGAAGACUAUUCUGUUUAUGACGAAAUUGAGUUUCUCGACAAGCAAAAUGAAGAGUUGAUCACCAUAAUUGAGAAAGGGUUUCCCGAUAUUAAGAAACAUUUAUUGAAUGACAACUUAUCGCUCGAAGAAAAACUGUCAAUAAUUUUGUCCAAUUAUUAA